UGUCCGCUGAUUGGUCAGCGGAGACCUGGUCUCAUGGACAACCAGCCGCGCGCGGCGGUGGCUCCUCGCAGGUGGAUGGGCGGAGUUCGCGGAAGUUAGUGCAAGAUGGCGCUGACUGGGGAUGUAAGCCUUGAGAGCCCGAGCUAAAGCAGCAAUCCCCACCUGGGAAAGGGUUAAUGCGCGGGGGUGUCGCCGCUCCCUCUGAGGAGGUGACUCGCUGUAGCUGAGCCGGGCGCGCCUCGCCGGCAAUGGAAAGCGGCGAGCUGAGCAGCAUGGAGACUAUGGAGACCCUGACGGAGCUCGGCGACGAGCUAACACUGGGUGAUAUCGAUGAAAUGCUACAGUUUGUCAGCAAUCAGGUUGGAGAUUUUCCAGAUUUAUUUUCUGAACAGUUAUAUGGCACAUUCCAGAGCAGCAGUGUAUGUAAUGGAGACAGAACAUCAGAUACUUCACAGAAAGCCUACAACCAGGGACAGUUACAAUCCUCUUCUCCUAGUGCAGCUUCUCCACCACAACUUCAGGCUGUGCAAGUGAAGGCCCCUCAGUCAACAGGCACAAUUCCUGCUCCACAGCGGGCUGCACCCCCUCUUCAACCUCGUCCCCAAGUUCAACCCCCACUUCAGCAACAGACAGUGAUGAUUACUCCAACUUUCAGCUCCUCUCCCCAGACCCGGAUCAUUCAGCAACCUGUGAUAUACCAAAAUGCAGCCACAAGUUUUCAAGUGCUGCAACCUCAGGUUCAAAGCUUGGUGACUUCCUCCCAAGUUCAGCCAGUUACCAUCCAGCAGCAGGUGCAGACCAUGCAAGCUCAGAGGGUGCUGACACAGAGUACCAGCGGUACCAUCCAGACGCUAACUCCAGCCACUGUCCAGGCAGUGGCUGCCCCUCAAGUUCAGCAGGUUCCAGUCCUAGUCCAGCCACAGAUAAUCAAGACAGAUUCUCUUGUCUUAACAACAUUGAAAACUGAUGGCAGUCCUGUUAUGGCUGCUGUUCAGAAUCCAGCCCUGGCAGCAAUAACCACACCUAUCCAGACAACAGCUUUGCAGACCUUAGUUGGUGGCAAUGGGGCCAUCUUGACAACUAUGCCCAUGGUGAUGGGAGGGCAGGAGAAGAUGCCCAUUAAACAAGUGCCUAAUAACACCAAGCAGCCAGAACCACCAAAGGAAGGAGAAAGGCGAACAACUCAUAAUAUUAUUGAGAAGCGAUAUCGAUCAUCCAUAAAUGACAAGAUCAUAGAACUGAAAGAUCUAGUCAUGGGAACAGAUGCUAAAAUGCACAAGUCUGGUGUAUUGAGGAAGGCCAUUGACUAUAUUAAAUACCUACAGCAAGUUAAUCAUAAACUGCGACAGGAGAACAUGAUCCUUAAGCUGUCUAGCCAGAAAAACAAGUUGUUGAAGAGUUUUGACUUAAGCAGUCUGGUGGACAAUGAUGUAGAUCUGAAGAUGGAUGAAUUCAAUCAAAAUGCUCUGUUGAUGUCUCCCCCAGCUUCUGACUCAGGUUCACCAGCAGGCUUUUCCCCUUAUUCAAUUGAUUCAGAGCCUGGAAGCCCAUUAUUGGAUGAUGCAAAGGUUAAAGAUGAACCUGAUUCUCCACCUGUUCCUCUUGGAAUGGUUGAUCGCUCACGGAUGCUGCUUUGUGCUCUUACAUUCCUCUGCCUCUCCUUUAAUCCCUUAACAUCUUUUUUGGACGGCAAAGAAACACCUGACACUUACAGCACAGUGCAUCAUGGUUCUGAGAGGAAUAUACAAGCAAUAAAACCAGAAUCAGGUGGCUGGUUUGGCUGGAUGAUGCCCACUUUGAUCUUGUGGCUUGUGAACGGUGUUAUUAUCUUGAGUGUAUUCAUAAAACUAUUAGUGCAUGGAGAGCCAGUGACACGACUGCACUCCCGCUCUUCUGUGAUCUUUUGGCGGCAUCGGAAACAGGCAGACCUGGACUUAGCUAAGGGAGACUUUGCCGCUGCUGCAUCAAAUUUGCAGAUCUGUCUUUCUGCCCUGGGCCGAGCAUUGCCUACUUCUUGUUUUGACUUGGUCUGUAGCCUUUCCUGGAAUAUUAUUCGUUACAGUCUCCAAAAAUCGAGAUUAGUGCGUUGGCUGCUAAAGAGGACAUCACAGCAGAGAGAAGCAACUGAGACUCCUGUUGGUUUUGAAGAUGAAGCCAAAACUAGUGCACGAGAUGCAGCAUUAGCAUAUCAUAAACUUCAUCAACUCCAUAUUACAGGUAAGCUUCCGUCCAGUUCAGCUUACUCAGGAUUGCACAUGGCACUGUGCGCUGUAAACCUGGCAGAAUGUGCAGAGGAGAAGAUUUCACCAAGUACACUGGCAGAGAUUCAUCUAACUGCUGCAGUUGGCCUGAAGACUCGCUGUGGUGGCAAGCUGGGCUUCCUGGCAAGUUAUUUCUUAAGUCAAGCUCAGAGCUUGUGUAGUUCUGAGCAUAGUGACAUCCCUGACCCCUUACGCUGGUUGUGCCAUCCUUUGGGACAAAAAUUUUUUGUGGAACGGAACUGGACAGUGAAAGCUGUUGCUAAGGACAGUCUGUACUCCACUCAGAGGAACCCAGCUGAUCCCAUUGCACAGGUACACCAGGCAUUCUGUGAAAACCUACUGGAGAGAGCUGUUGAAUCUAUUGUGAAACCUCAGAUUCCCAAAGGGGCUACAAGCCAUGAUGAUGAAGAGCCUUGUGAAUUCUCUAAUGCUUUGGAAUACUUGAAGUUACUAAGUUCUUUUGUGGAUUCUUUGGGAAGUGGGAUACCACCUUUUUCUGGAAAUUCUGUGCUGAAGUCUGCCCUAGGUCCUGAUGUAGUCUGCAGAUGGUGGUCAUCAGCAAUCACAAUGAUAAUUAGCUGGCUCAAGGGUGAUGAUUCAGCUGUGAAAUCUCAGUUUAUCAACGUGGAACGAAUUCCUAAAUGCUUGGAGAUGAUGGAGAAUGCCCUUGUGCGAGCUAUCUUCCAUAUAUGCAAAGCCAUGAAUGUCUUCUUGUCUAGCAAGACAGAUGGGCAGCAUAGUUCAUUUAGUCAUUGUGAAAGAGCUAGCACUCAUCUCUGGAAUAGUCUCAACAUGAGCAGUGGGGUCCCAAGCACAGGUCUCAACAAUAUGAUCCAGCUGCUGGCCUGUGAUCUACUGUUGUCUCUCCGUACCACUCUGUGGCAGAAACAGACAAACUCUAGCCUAGCCCUGGGAGACACCCGCCAUGCUUCUGCUUCUGAGCUGACUGGAUUCCAGCGGGAUCUUGGCAGCCUGCGAAAACUAGCAAAUAGCUUCCGGCUCGCUUACCGAAAGGUUUUUCUGCAUGAGGCCACUGUGCGCUUGAUGGCGGGAGCCAGCCCUACACGUACUCAUCAGCUGCUUGAGCAUAGUCUCAGACGUCGGACCCCCCAGAGUACCAAGCAAGGUGAGCUGGAUGUCCUUCCUGGGCAAAGAGAACGAGCUACAGCCAUUCUACUAGCCUGCCGCUACCUCCCCCUGUCUUUUCUGUCAUCUCCAGGCCAGCGUGCUAUCCUGCUAGCAGAAGCAGCUCGCACACUGGAGAAGGUUGGCGACAUGCGUUCCUGCAAUGACUGUCAACAGAUGAUUGUGAAACUAAGUGGUGGCACAGCCAUUGCUGCUUCCUAACCUUAGAGGAGUAGUCGCAUCAGACAUUGAAUUGAAUUCUUGUCCCAUUCUCUUUUCUUUUUCUUAGAGAAAAAGCUUCCAGAUUAAAGCUGUGGAAGUUUCAUUAUACUAAUAAGGGGCAGAGGCUUGGUGUAUAGCAAGUGGCAAAUUAUUUGCUUCCAGGCAAAAAGAAUGUUCAUGCUGGUGCUAGAAAGUGACUUUUUCCUCUGGCAGAGACUGAUAUCUUGGACUGGGGUAACUUGGAUAUCUUUGAAAGAGGGAUUUGUUUUUCUCUCUCAUUCUCUCUUCUUACAAAACAGUCUAUACUGAAAAAAUAUGUGGGUCAAGGAGCUAGUGAAAAGCAAAAAAAAUUGUUCUGAACUCUCAUUUGCUGGCAUCUGCAAUAGCUCUUGAGCCCAGCGCUUAGACAGACUCAAGGAAGAUAGGAUUGUGUUUAACCUCUUUUGUCCUCAGUGCAGCUUUGUCCUAUUUUACUGGUACCUUCCUAUAAAAUGGAAGCUUUCCAAGGUCAGGCCAGUUCUCUAGAGAAGUGCAUUAUGGUUUUUAUGCUAUUUGGGUUACGGUUAUUUAUGUCUUACAAUUUUGCAACCUGUAGAAGACUACAGUUAAAUCUCCCGUUUCUUUUUGUCUCAUACCUUUCACCUUUCAUUCUGAAUCUUCCUUCUUUCAGCCUGUAGUCUUUCUUAAAGUGAGCUCAGCCAGUAUGAUUCAAACUAUAGUUUAACAUCUGAAUCAGCAGGUUGUAGAAGACUGACCUAUAGCAUCACUGUAAAGCUAGGAAUUGAAUCUUCCUUUUAUAUGUUCUAUAUAUAGGGAAAAGUAAAUACAACUAAAAACUCUAAUUUAAAAAAAAUGGUUAGACAAGUUAUAUCUCUUUGCAUUUUUUUUAAGAUGCAGGCUUCCUGAUCUCGAUUAGGACUGAAGGUAAGGGGUAGGGCACUAAUAUUCUGUUCCAGAAUUGUUUUGCUGAUAGAAAUCCCACCCUCCACCACUUUGGAAAGGGAUUUUCAGCAGGAUGAAACUUGGACAAGGAUAAAAUGUCCCUCCCCAUGACCCUGAUUUGGAUGCCUGCUUCUUGUAAACAAAGAGGUAGCCAGCCUAACCACACUUUGAAAUCAUGUGGAUAGUCAUCUAGCUUUACCCUAAAAAAAUAUGGAAAAUCCUUUUUUCUAAGCUAUUUAUAUCCAUGUAAGAUCACAAACUAGUAGUAAAAAUUACAUCCAUGUUCACCAAUUGGUAUAAGGUGGCUAUAUUACCAGCUGAAGUGAUCGUUGCUCUAUGUUCUUUCCCAUAAUUUUUUGGGAGCACUGUGACAGUUAAACUUUUUAAAAAGUGUAUAUGUCUAGUAUAGAUGUAGUAUUUUGGUGUUGAAAGAAACAAAGUAUAGCUCAAUCUCCUUUGGCAGAAUAACAAACAAGAUGUUAUGUUAUAUGGAGCUCUGAAUCCCACAAACCAUGUUUUUCUUCUACUUACUGCCUUUGCUCACUCUCUUUUUUGCUAAGUCUUUCAUUGUAUUGAUCUAAAUUUCUAUAGCAGUUCCUAUUAGAUAGCAAAUAUACAGAGGAGCAAUUUAGGGUUAUUCUCUUUGGAAAUUCACCCAACUUUAAUUAUGUUGUUCCUUGAAACAAUGCUAUUGGUAAUCCUUGGCUGCAUAACUAGGACUCUCCAUAAGGAAAGGUCUUUUAAACUUUGUGUUGAUAACUUGACACUACCCUGUCCUAAGUUGCCCCCAAAUAUGGGGUUGUGGUGGUAGAGAGAUUUUAAAUAUGGCUGUAAUUUUACAGUUACAGGCCAAACACACCUCAACAAGAGAUGCAAAUCAUGUUGAUGACAGAUUUUUAAAACUACCCAUAGCUAACCAGAAACGGAUUCCACAGUAAGGCCUUGCCUUACAUCUUGAAGAUCUGUUCUCAGUCAACCUGCAUUUAUUACAAUUUAAUUUAACGCAAGUUUCCUGUUUCUCCCUAAUAUGUGUGAGUGGAUGUGUUUCAUCCACUCACACAUACUAGGGAGAAUCCUGCCCCAUUCUGGCACAUGGUGAAAUUUAACCUUGGAAAUGGUUUUGAAAAUGGUUUUGUUAUCAUUGGUUUCCUUGAUGGAAGUGUAUCUGAGUUUCUGUUUCUUACAGCUGAUAUGUAUACUGUAAUUUUGACUGCUUCUCUUGUAAACCUAGGUAGCCAGAAUAAAUGUCUCAGAUGCACUGCUGAUUCUGAGGCACUUGUUUAAAUUGGCAGGCUGAGUAGAGUACCAUCCCGUUCACUAAGACAGAUUCUUAAUGAUGGCAUUCUCAGUGCAGAUAGCAGCCAAAUAGGAAAGAUAAUAACCUUAGUGCAAAGUACUUUAUUGGGGCUGAGUUGAUGAGAGGUCAUUGCUAAUUUAGGCCCCCAACUGCUGUUACACCCAUGCCAAUCCUGCUGGUUUGUUAUAAGACAAAGUAAUCAGCCUGGGAUUAACACAAAGACUGUGUGAACUUAAGAAUUAGACUGAUUAAGUAGGCUUGAACUUGCAAAUACUUCCAUCUGGGUGCUCUCAGGGCAAAUAAUUCAAUAUAAUUAAUUUGUAAAAAAUUCAAAUUAAUUUCUGUAUAUUGGAAUGCAUCUCUUUCUGGACAUCUCAUGGUUUAAUGAAUUUGAAGCAUUGAAAGCAAGUUAGUUUUGUUAAAAGAGCAGUGAAUGCUACAGUCAAGUGGGCAUUACAAUGUAAAAACUUCAUAUUGUGCAGUGGUAAGAAUGAGGUUUCUAUCUUGUUUAAAUUAUAAUUGCAUAGAUGUAAUCUCUACAAAGAAAUCUUCCUAUCUUCCCACAUAUUUUUGGCAGUUUUAUACACUUCAUAUAUUUAUGAGUCUGUUGCCUCCUAAUCUAUCCCUGUAUAUGUUUUGUGUAUAUAAUGUAACUUUUCUGUUUUUAUAUGAUAUGAAAAGUAUCUUUUUAUCCCAAUAAAAUUAGAAAUAGAACUGCUUUGAUACAAGAAGAUGUAGCUGGUGGUGAUGUCAGGGGAUGAAAAUUUCUGUUAUUCCCAGUUGUGACCUUUUGGUAUGGAUCAUUAUGUAAUUUAUCUAAUAAAGACAAAAUUUAACUCAG